CUGUACAAUAAGAUAUUCUUUCCAAAUAUUGCCUACUACAGAACGCAAUUGCCUGCAAUCAUCAUUCGAUUUAAUCUCGAUCUGUAAUUGUGGCUCUUGCUUCUACGCCGCACUCCCAGAAGCGGAAGUCUGCCUCACUCUUAUACGUUGAUCGGCUGAACCCUUGUCCUGGCCUUUCAUUCCUACCUGCACUGUUGACUGACUGACUUUCUUUUUCCCUACGUAUAUACGCGGAGUACCCCAUGGCUCCAGGAAGUAAAAAGAAGGGGAAAAAAGUACCUUCUGGACCUGUUGCCGACAAGCCUUGUCAUAACUGUCGACGUCGAAGACUUCGCUGUGAUCGUCAACUCCCCCACUGCGCAAAGUGCGACGCAAAAGGCGUUGAGUGCCUGGGCUAUUCUCAGAUCUUUCAGUGGACGGGUGCUGUUGCUUCAAGGGGAAGACUGGCUGGUCAGCAGUCCAGCGCUGCCUUGUACUCCCCGGCACGUCCUUCUACUGCCCGCUCAAGAGCGUCGUUAUCUUCUGUUUCUUCCCUCUCUUCAAACUCACCUGCAUCUUCUUCCUCCGCCUCAUCCGUCGCUUCGCCAUCCGUUCCUUCAUCUUCACCCGCCUUUAUUGCUCCGAGCCUUUCUCAAGUCGAGGAAGUUACAGAAACGUCAGAAGCCGAGUCUGGAUCGGAAAUAGACCUGUUCAAUGACAUCGUUAACAACGUUGACGAUGAGAACGAUGAUGAAGAUGAUGCUGCGACCCCCCUAGCGAGUGGUGAUACACAACUCGUCUGUGCCACCAUCCACAACCAGAACCAUCCCCUGGCAUCGGAAACAUCGACUCCGUGGGUGCUCGUCGAUCCUCUGUACCAAGACAUUACGAGCAACCACAGACAGUAUCUCGCUUAUUUUGAUGCGCGGCUCAGUCGAGAUUUUGUAGCCUACGACGUGCCCGACAACCCCUUUCGAAACCUACUCAAAUUUACUCAGGCCCACCCUCUGCUACGUCAGGUCAUCAUCGCCGCCUCGGCAACGCACAUGUACAACCGCUCUCGCCCGUGGCUGUCCUCGGACUCGCUAGAAAGAGGUCUUGGCCCGAGAAAUCUGCUCAUGGAUGCUCUCGAGGCUAAGCAUCAGGUAUUACGCAUGUUGCCGUCUGCGCUGCAGAGUAUUGAGUCUAUUGGGGGUGACAUUGUCCUGGCGGCGAUUCUGUUCCUGAUCAAUGUAGAGCUGAUAGAGUCUGGUAAACAUAACUGGAAGGCUCACUUUGAUGGCGCUGGGAAGAUCAUGAAGUUGCUCGGGCCUGUUUCUGAUGUGGAUGAGAGCUUGAGGGACUACAUCGUAUCUGACUGCUUCAUAUAUUACAUUCUGGAGUCAACGUUUCGACCAACAGAUUCGGGAUCACACUCAUAUUUUGAAUCAUGUCAAGCGCUACAGAUACUCGGCAAAACAACGAACAGCUACUACUGCUGCCCACCGGAACUCCUCGAAAUUAUGCUAAUAGCAGCUCGACUUUCCAACACAAAACCGGACGACGUGGUCUCGGCUGACAUGGUCACUGCCGCUGGAGCAGCAUUACUAGACCGUGCUAGGAAUUUCGACGUUAUACCGUGGGCGCAAGAUAUCGACCUCAGCACCAUCCCCUCCACCGAACAAGACCCAGUGUUAAGUCGUUUUCGAGUCGCAACAUCCCAUCGCCUCGCCAUCUGUCUCUACAUCCUCCAUGCGAUACCCGCCGUGGGAGCUUGGGUCGGUGAAGAUCUCGCAGACACGAUAUUUGCCGAACUACAUCAAGUGCUGAGCAUUAUUCCCGACGACGAUACGAACUUCAAGGCUACGACAUGGGUUACGUUUGUGUUUGGUGCGUGUGCCAGGACACCAGAGAUGAAGGACUGGGUUACUGUUCAGAUCAAGAAGCUUAUGCUUGAGUCACCUUGGGGGUUCUUGUAUGCAGCGAGAGAUGCCCUGCAGAUGUUAUGGAGCGUUCAGGCUGAGGGAAUGCCGAUGACGAGCUGGGUGCAGACGUUGAGGGAUCUACAUAUGGACUUUUUGAUUGUCUGAAGACGGGGCAUUCGUCAACAGCACGGUUAGGUAAGAACUCGAAGCCCUGAUCAGCAAGGGGUUUGGAAAGCCACUGGAAGCCCUCGUUCUCCGAUAUUUAACACAUCUUUGACGUUUUCCACGAUUUGGGUCUGGCGUUCAUUGUGCUUCUUCAACUGGGUAUACAAAGGUGGACGCCAACAGGGGCGGCUUAGGAUCCAGGAGUAUGUUUGGUAUGGGGCUCAGCAGACUGAGCACUGGACGAUUAUCUACGGCGCUAUGAUCUAUGAUUUACAAGUCUGCCAUUGUAUUGGCGUACGCUUCCAAAAGAACAUGAUUCCUUUGAAACUGUUUGUACUGACAAGUGACGUUCAUGUCUACCAGCCCCUUACUCCCUUGACAGCACCUUUUGCAGUCGAUAAGCACCCAAUGCUUUUCUCAGCCCCAACAAGGCCUAUCAAAACCCCACCCAUUGCAAGACGUCUAUUUUUCGGAACUCCGGGGCUUAGUAACCACGGUCAGCUCGUGGUUGUACACUCCCCUCGACCGAGUAUGUCGCACAGUCCCCACCUUGAUUGCCCCUGACUGACGGCUUUCGGAGAACAUGUGCCCCGGAGAGAUGGGCUGAAACAACUGUGCCAGGUGUUUCUUUGUUGGGGGCACGCCUUUGUAGUUUCGGGCGGUCACAUUGUUGUGCAGAUGGGCAGACGUCGAAUGGCUUCCGGUACCCGCUGGUGAUGGCACGAGGGUUUAAUAUGAAGAUUAAGGUUAUUGGAUUUGUUGGGAUGAUAUGUUUGCGCCGGAGAUUGAGUAUUGAAGGAAACGGGGUGAUAGGAUGGAAGAUUUUGCAACCGUCCUUCAGGUAAGAGACGAGGAGAGUCUUAUCCGUCCUGUCUUAUUGCUUUAGGAUGGCGAGGUUUGGUCAAGCUGAAUGUGUUUCUGGAUUAUUCGAGGCCAAAAGUCCGAACAAUUCAUCUAUGAAUGCUCUCCAAUGGCCAACACUCAGUCUCCGUGUGCAGCUGACAGAGGCAUCAUAGAUGAAUGAUAAGGUGGUGAGUAAUACUAUAUGAAGUUUGACGCUGGGUCUACCAGGU